CGCUACGAAACGCAUGGAUAUUUUUGGGGGGCGGGGCUUCGAUGGAGAAUCCCUUGUUUAUAAUGUAUGACAAUAACUUUGAUGCCCAGUUGUCAGUAGGUCUUCGAGCUGGGAAGACUCGCUUCAAAUUUCGUUGUUUUGUGCCUCUCAAGUCUAGAACCCUUCGAGGGUCAGCGGAAUUCCACAAUGUCAUUCUUAAUCAGAACACUUCUACUUUUGCUGGUGGCAUGUUCCUUCACCAGAGCCACUUGCCCAGAGAGCGACCAGAUCCACUGUAAGAACAGCGAUCGUUGUACGAGAAUCAGAUACAUCUGUGACGGAGACAACGACUGCGGGGACAAUUCCGAUGAGGACUCCACUCUUUGCAGGUAUUGGAGAAACUCGGACUGCGAGAGAAACAACGCCAAGUGCUUAAGGAACGGCAGAUCAGACUGCAUCACCUUCUCCCAUUACUGCGGGCUGUCAGAUCCGCCCUGCGAGGGCUCCGUCGACCCCAGGCUCUGCCAGAUGCUGAAAGACGAGAAGAUUCAGGACAUAGACUCCAUCGUUCUCGAGACACCAACCACAGCACCUACAAUCUCCCUGGCAACAUCGCCCUCUGUUUUCUACAGCGCCGAAGAUUUCCACGAAGAUUUUAAACGUCAGCUGGACUUGACAAUCAGGCACAAGGACUGCCCACAGCUCUACACCAGAAUUGGCGAUCAAUGCGUGUCAGUCUUCUUCAUUGGAAACCUUACAUGGCUGGAAUCCCAAGCUUUCUGCCAAGCUAUCGGAGGUGAACUAUUCGUCGUGAAAUCUGACUUAAGCAAUUACAUUGCUCUUCUGCAACACUUUAACGACAAUCAGGUGACAAAGGAUUUCUGGAUCGGAGGAAUGUACGUGAAUUCAAGCACUGGUUGGCAAUGGACUGACGAAAGAAGCAUUCAGCUUGGUGCUCCCAUUUGGGCGGUCAGACACACCCCAGUCUGCUCAACCCGCGUAGUGACCUCGCCUUCCUUCAACGUCACCCGAGAAGCCAACGACGGCAUUUGCUACCAUUACAAACAGGCGCCGUCGGAACCUCUCACGGGAAACUGCUUGGCCAUCACCUACGAGCACUACUACUUCGCAAGCGACCAGGAAUGCUGGACCAGGAAGAGCCCUCUCUGUGUGACGCCAGAUGAGCAUCCCAAGCAGGCGUACUAAACUCGUCGUCGAUGUACCUGGACCACCCGUUGAUUGACUUGGAAACCAAUCCUUUCGUUCCUGGUUGAUGGUUGAUUCUCUUGCAUUUUUCUUUUUCUUUGUAUAAAUUGCCCAGUUGGUGGCAACUGGUAUCCUGAAGACUAGAUGCUGGAGAACUUAAGUUUAAUUUUAGUUUUAAAUGGCAGGUUAAGAAAUUUUGCAACAGUUAUACUGUGUAGCCCAUGUCAUUUUGAAUGUGUUAAUUGUGCUUUAUGAUUAAGACAAAUGAUCUUUUACCCGUUUCUGAAAAACUGGUAAUGUAAUGGUAAAUGCUGAAAUAGAAUUACCUAUGAUG